CACGGUUCAAGCCAAGCGCAGCGAAUCGUAUAUUUGUUGACUCAUUUGCGAGCUGUUUUGCGCACCCACAAUCAAUCAAAAGAAGCCAACGCUGCAAACACAAGGUUUUGGAGAAGAGAAGACAGCGAGUGACCGUCGCUCACCCUGAGCUGAGACUCAACCUCCAGACAACACACAGCCAGCUGCUGCUCCUGCUGCUGCCCCUGCUGUUGCGGCUUUGAACACCCCCCCCCACGCAGACACAACACACAGCCAUGUUUGAGUGGUUCGACCGGUUCAUCGACUGGCUCAAGAGCCUGUUUUGGAAGGAGGAGAUGGAGCUGACCUUGGUUGGCUUGCAGAACUCUGGCAAAUCAACUUUUGUGGACGUCAUCGCGUCUGGCAAGUACAACGAGGACAUGCUGCCAACUGUUGGGUUCAACAUGAGGAAGGUGACAAAAGGCAACGUCACAAUCAAGCUGUGGGAUAUCGGUGGCCAGCCCAGGUUCCGCAGCAUGUGGGAGCGGUACUGCAGAGGAGUCCAAGUCAUCUUGUACAUGGUUGACUCCGCCGACACAGAGAAGCUUGAGGCAUCCAAGCAGGAGCUGAAGAGCCUGCUCGAGAAGCCGCACCUUGCCGGCAUCCCUGUUCUUGUGCUCGGCAACAAGAACGACCUGCCAAAGGCGCUCCAAGCCGAUGAGCUCAUCCAGGCCCUUGGCCUGAAGGACAUCCAAGACCGGGAGGUGUGCUGUUACAGCAUCUCCUGCAAGAGCAAAGUCAACCUCGACAUCACAUUGAAAUGGAUCAUGCAACACGCCAAGGCAUCGUAAUCCCCAGCGCCCCUUCCCCACACACCGGCCGCUUGUGCAAACACGACCACCACCUCCCAAUGUGUCUUCGUUUCGGCCCCCUCGCACCAUGCAUGCAUAUCCUUUGCGUGGCUCGGCACACGCUCCGUGCACCCCCUCCUCUACAGCAUCACCACGCCACUUUCUCUCGUCCUUCUUCUUGUGCCACUCCUGCGGCCCAUUCAACCCCACUUGCAUAUCUUUUCGUUGUCUUCGUUUCCUUCGUUCUUAGGCCCACUUACCCCCUCCGCUGCCAUGCUUCCACCCCCUCCCCCUUUUCUUUACCCUUUGCCGUGCGCAUGUGUUUCUUGUCCAUUAUGUGUUGAUGCGUCUGCCGAUGUGUGUGCGCCUCUCCACGCAAGCAGGCGCUAUGGGAGGAGACACGUGGUGUUUUGCAUCAUCCCAUCUCGCACGCACAUGCCAGCGCUUUGGACUCCACACACGAACAUACACAUACAGACACAAGCACCCUCAUGCAAGGCGUCUUUCUCUUACUUCGACGGCCAUCCUUGAUGUACACGCAACAGCUGUUAUGCUUCUCUCGCCUGGCCUCUCCUUCCUUUCUUGUGUUGCGUCGUUGCUUUCCUCGUCUCUAACCGUUUGCACCAGUACAGCUGCUCUGGUUUAUGGUUCUUUCACGCCGUAUCACAAACCCUCAAACACAA